UUGAUGUGUAUGCUUGCCCUCUAAUCCAAAUUUUACUCUUACAGAACCAGUGGCCUACCAUCUCCCACUCCAAGUCCGAUCUCCCAGUCUCCCUCCAGACCUAAUCACCAGGUGGACAACAGUUUAUCAGCAGCUGCUUUUGGGCUCUAAAAUGAUAGGUGUAAGCAAUAUCACAAAUAGAACAGAUCCCAACAGCAUGAAAUCACGUGUUUUUGUGGGAAAUCUUAAUACAGUACAUAUGUCAAAAACGGAACUGGAAUCGAUAUUUUCUAAAUAUGGGGCAGUUGUAGGGAUAUCCGUACAUAAGGGAUACGCCUUCAUUCAAUACGCGAGCGAGACUAAUGCACGUGCUGCGGUUAUUGGUGAAGACUCAAAGACAUAUUACAACAUGGUCCUAGAUGUGACUAUAGCGUCCGAGCCAAAGAAUCGCAAACGUGGAAGGUCAAAUCCGGCAUCUUCGCUACCAUCUUGGAAUGGUUUAACGAGUACAAACCUUUCAGAGCUCGCUUUACAGGCCCAGGCUUUGAGCACUAUUGCUGGAAAUUCUGUCCUGUCACUGCAGCAGUUUGGUCUUGAAGGAAUCAUGGGUCAGCCUAAUCUCGUUAACUUUGCUGCAGCAGCAAGUUCUGUUUUUCACACCCCAUCACUCGCUGGUCUAAAUGUUUCUACACCCCAGGUACCAGUUACCGUGGGGAAUUCACGUCAAAAAUAUACCAGAACGUCCAACAACACAACGACAUCUUCAGCAACUCAUAACUCUGUUGCUGCUAAACGUACUCGCCUAGAAGGUGUUUUAGGUAGUACCACGAAUAACGCUUCCAAUUCUAAUUCUUCAUUACCCGCUGGGGCAAGAGGACAGAAUCUAGUCUCACUUGUUUCUGCAACAGAUAGCCUUGUACCUCCGGCUAAUCGUCGCCAAGUGACAAACUCAGGUCCCGUUCGUUCUGUGUCAGAUCAGGCAACUAACAAUACUGCAGCACGUAAUCGUGUUGUUACGUCUGCACCUUCUCGUCCUACAAAUACAGUUACGCCCAGCGGAAGUCAAAAUUCACAAACAACUGAUAAGAAGUCUCCCGUUACUCGCCCAAGUCGUCCAAAAACUUCAAACCAUUCACUCGAAGUCGACAGUUCACCAGCUCAAAAAUCAAGUCGCACAAGCUCGUCAACGAAAAGUAGCAGUCCCCAGUCAGUUGUUCAGUUGCGUUCAGAGGAUAUUCUGAUAUGUGGACGUUGUCGCCGUUUAUUUGAACAAGUCGAUGAACUUAUUUCACAUAAAAUGGCCGGUUGCAGUCUAGAUAAAGAUACUGGGAGUAAUUGUAAUUGUCGAGCUGUUGGCGAACCAGAAACUCUAGAAUGUGCAUAUUGUGGUGCAAACUUUUCUACUGCUUGGGGACUUAUGCAUCAUUGUCAUACUGAUCAUUUUCUAACUAUAUAUGCCCUUCCUUCUCCUCCUGAAUCACCAUGUACAUCAUCCAAUUCUCUUUCUUCACCAUGCUCAAGUAUGUCACGCCGAUAUCGUGACAGCAGAAGUGAGGAUUGCUCUGAAAAAUCUGGGAAAUCUAGUUCUCACUCUGAGAAUUCAUCAGAUCAUAAAGGUGGUAUGCAUUCCACAACAGUUGCAGCACAAAAUAUAAAGCGUGAAAAUUCUGUCACUGAUAACUCUCAUCCUUCUGGUCAUCAAACAGUUGAUGAAACAAAUGAAACUAGUGACUGGGAUGCUGAGGAUGAAGAUGACAAUCACGAACAAGAUGGCAGUGAGACUCCGACUGUAGAAUCAGCUCAGAACAAUCAUUGUAGCACGCCUAAUUCGUCAAGAGAUCAUUCACGUGAUCGGUCGGCUACACGGUCUGCAAACGGCUGUUCAGAUUCUGAAGCAUCAAAUGAAAUUUGUAACAAGAGGAUGCUUAAGAAGUCUUCUCCACCAUGUCCCCGUAGAAGUCGAGGUUCUGAAUACGGUCGUCAUGAGACUGUAGAAGACGAUGACUAUGCAGAUGAUGAUUCAGAGUCUGGUAACGUAGAAGCUGAUUAA